AUGACUACCAAGUGGGACGCUCAGGCUGAACGCCAGCUCUGCCUUGCUGCGCACAUGAGUGACAGCAACGUCAAGAUCGACUGGGCCAAAACCCACGAGCAGAUGGUCGGUUUGGGCUACAACUUCACUCUCGAUGCCAUGCGCCAGCGCUGGACUAAGGUCAUCAUCAAGCAGCACAAGCAGGCCGUUGCUGCUGGUGGUGGCGCUGGCAGUGGUGCCGCCGCCUCCAACUCCGGUCCUUCUACCCCCGUCAACACUCGCAAGAGAUCUGCCCCUGCUUCCUCCGGCAAGAAGACCGCUGGCACCGCCACCGCUCGUACUCCCGGUGGUCGCGGCAACCAGGCCACCGUCCAGAUGGCCAACGCCGCCUACGCCCACGACAACGGCGGCGACGAUGACGAGGAGUUCGACGAGGUCAAGCCUCCCGUCUCCAAGCGCGCCAAGACCGGCGCUGGUCCUGCCACCGGUCUCCACGGUCAGAGCUUCGAUCUCACCGAGGAGGGCAACGGUGAUGAGGUUGAGAUCACCCAGGUCAACCAGGCCUUGGGUCCCCCCCUCGUCAAGAAGGAGGUCAAGAAGGAGGAGUCCGCCGCCCAGAACGGCAACUCUGCUGCCUUCAUCGACCCCAGCCGUGCCGGCCGCGACCGCAGCUGCACCAUGGCUCUCGAUGAGAACCCCAACGGCAUCUCCGUUGGCAGCCUCUUCCACCCCCGCACUGUCAGCCCCGAGAACGAGUUCUAG